AUGAUGAUCGAGUCUCUAUUCGCUUGCUUCAAUCCUCGAUGCAAUACGAGCAAGCUUAGGCUGCUAAAGAGAAAAAAACUCCCAAAGAAAUUAGAGAGAGAGCAGAAGGAGAAUGAAGAUGAUAACAACAAGUACGUAAGCUUUGCCAGCGUGUCAGAGGGGAGAGUUGUCAAGUUGAAGCUACCGAAGCAAGUUCGUGGAUGGUGGAUUUAUGGGUCUUCUAAAGGUUGGUUGAUCAUGAUCAAGGAAAGAGGUCUAAAUUCCAAGAUGUGUCUACUUAACCCAAUUUCAGGAGCCCUACUCCAACUUCCACCCUUGAGAACACUUCCUUUUCUGAAAGAUUUUGUGAAAACCGAGGCCUGGAAACUUUUUGGUGCCAACGCAUUCGACUUAAGCAUUGCACUAUCAACCUCUGAUGGAAUUGCUUUAGAUUCAAAGCGUUGUACGGUAGCAGCAGUUUUUAAUGAUAAGUCGAAAUUGAGUUUGUGCAGACCUGGAGACAGAACAUGGAGUGACUUUCAAGUAUUAGAUACUAAUCAAAACGACUGGAUUGCUGAUUUAUUGUUUUCUUCCGGCAGUCUAUAUGUUUUGGUUCGUGGUGGUCAAAAGGAAAGCUUUGUAGACUCAGUUACUCAAACCUUGAACUUUAGCUUUGGAGAUGCAGAAAAUUUGAAAAUGAAGUUGGUCUACGACAAGCAUGAAAACAGGAACAUUAUGCAUGUUGUGGGAAGAAGAGAGGAUAUUAUUGGUGACAAUAAUGAGAAUAAUGGAGGCGGCAAUAUGGAGAAUGAUGAUGGUGAGCAGCACAUUCAUCAUGAUAAUGACGACGGAAAUCUUGAGGUUGAUGGGGUAGACAUCGAUCAGAAUGAUGAGGAUGAUGAUGAAGCCAACAACUUAGAAGAUAUUGAUCAGCAAAAUGGAGGAAACAUUAUUUAUGGUGAUGAAGGCAGUAAUGAGAAUGAUGGUGGCGACAGCAAUAUGGAAAAUGAUGAUGGUGGUGAAGUCCAUAACGACAAUAAUGAUGUUGAUGUGGGAGACAUUAAUCAGAAUCCUGAAGGUGAUGAGGAAGACAACAAUAACCCAGAAGAUAAUGGUCAGCAAGGAGAAACUAUUGAUGAAGAUGCACCGGGAUUUAAUGCAUAUAUGACAACAAGGAGUUUUAGAGUAUACAGGACUGACGACGACAACUUUAUUCCAUUGCAAUGCUUGGGGGAUCAAUUAUUCUUUCUUGGAGAUUGUGGUUCCUUCUCCUUUGGAGUCAGUAAUAUGAAAAAAUCAGAAAGGAAUUGUAUUUAUUUUGCAUCAAAUUUGAUGUACGAUUGGGAGGCAGCUCCAAAAACGUAUGCAUCUCGUGACAUUGGUAUAUUCUACCUAGAUAGCCAAAGAAUUGAGCGGUCAUUUCCAAGUGUUGAGAUGUCUCUACGGUAUCAAGGGACUUGGUUCACUCCAAGUUUAUAUUAG